UCCAACAUUGCCCAUUAAAUAUAGAGCUUUGACUCUAGAGCUUGAUCUACGAAUGAAUCGUAUAUCAAACAAUGACUAAAAGUGUGUGCAGUUUUAACAUAACCAUUCUAAUUGGGUUUUAUUUCAUAAUUACAUCGUCUUUCUUUUGUGGAUUAUCAAAAGAAUGCAAUGUCACUUGGUUUGGUUACAACUGUAAACAAAAAUGUCGAUGUCAAGAUGGCACUUGUAAAGAAGAUGGUAGUUGUUUUUUACACCAAAAGUGUCAUCCAUAUUAUUUUGGACCUCAAUGUCAAUUUAGGUUAAUGAUGUACAAAAACAUGCCAAUUCUGUCGGAUGGUGAUGACCAUACGUGUUUGAAUAUUUCUCAUGCUAAUAAAUCAGUACAGUUCAUAUUGGAAGAAAGUAUUAAAUUUACGUGGCUACGAAUAGUUCAAAGCUCAGAGUCCCAGGAUCUUGUUCGUCUUUAUUACCUUGAAAGCCUUUCCAAUAGAUUAAAAAAAUGUGCCCUCUUGAAGGUUUUUCGUAUUGACAAUACUACCAUUGACGUGGCUUGUGACAUCAAUUGUACAGUUAGUGAACUCUAUGUCUAUUGGGAGUCUGAACCUUCGCUAUGCUCUGUUUAUAUCAAUGCAGGAAUGAAUCUCCUAUUACAUCAAUAUGUCAAUGCAACAGAUGAAGAUUAUGAGCAUUCCAGUUACGUUCUCAAUGAUGGAGAUACAAGUCAGUCCCAAUGCAUUAAAGCUCAAGACAAAAAGACUACAGUACUUUGGAAUGUUUUCUUGGACGAACCAAAGCAUAUAAAUUUUAUCGUAAUUUACAGUAGUUUUACUUACUCAAUAAGUGGCUUUGGUGGUCACGAGAACAGAGAAAUGUUUCAACUGGUUCAUACUUCUGAACAGAACGCAAUGUUCCUCAUACCUUAUUCCAGUUUUUCCUAUUUAACAAGACUGCAGUUAGUUGUUUAUCCAAAUCAAAAGCUAAAUACAGCCCUUUGUGAAAUAGAAGCCUUUGGUGAAUGUUCUCCCCCUAAGUAUGGCAUAACUUGUUCCAAAAUAUGUAGCCAAGAUUGCACUGAUCAAAGGUGUCACUUCAAUGGAGAGUGUUAUAAAGGUUCUUCUGCUGGAGUUGAAAAUCAUGUAACAAGUCCAAGUCCACCAGAAUUAAAGCCAAACGCACAUCUAGACUCUAGCAAUUUCUUUACAAUUGUUCUUGUCCUAACGCUUGGUCUAUCUGGUGCUUUCAUGUGUAUAAUAUGUGUGUAUAGAAUAAUUAAUGAAAUAUUAACAUCCAGAGGUCAGACUCAUAUGUCGUCAUCAACAGCAAGCUAUGGACAUUCUAGCCAACGAACAUCACAAUCAACUUCUGCAACCACAACUGCCAACACUGGUUUGCGGAUUAAGCGAGCUAGAUUUAAAUACUUCAGUACGUCAAAUUUAUAGUGUUUAGUUGUUAUUAUUUUUCUGAGUUUGUAUAUUCUAAAAUACUUUAAAUUUUAAGAAAAUGAUACUAGAUUGUAUUAAAAAGGGAAAAUAAACCU